CAGAGCAGGAUAAAGGCGGAUGGCUCGGUGCUAGGCUCCUUUGUCAAGCAGCCGCACUCGGCGCCCGCCCGCGGAGAAUCGGACAUGUAGGACUGCGGCGUCAACUCGCGCAUUUUUCAUUAUCACUUUUAUCACCUAUCGCUGCUUAACAUGGAGCUGAACAGGGUUGCAAAUGGAAACUCGGUCACCCCCAUGGACGAUGGCGCGGGAGAAGACAAUCCAGGCCGGAGAGUCCACAGGACAAUUGACGCCAACAGGUAUGCCAGCAAGAAGACCUUGGCGCAGGGCAUGCUCGAUAUCGCCCUUCUCACAGCAAAUGCGAGUCAGCUAAAAUACAUCCUUCAGGUUGGACACCAGCACGAGUUUUACACUCUGAUGGUCACGCUGAUUUCAAUCUCGAUCAUCCUUCAGGUGCUGGUCGGCGUACUUUUUGUCCUGCUGGGCGGCUUGAACAUCAACAAGGAGCGCGACCAGCGGAAGGCGGAAGUGAUCAACGACAUUAGCACGGCCCUCAUAUUUGUAAUUUCGAUUGUCAACGUCAUCAUAUCAGGUUUCGGACUAGAAACAAAGCCAAUAUUACUCAGCAACCUCAACCGCGAAGAUAUCAUUGAGCCUUGACAAACUGCAAUCGUGUCGUUGGCAAUCAAAUAUUAAUUAAUUUUGUUUGUUAAUUGAUGAAUCUAUUCUGAUAAGAACGAACUGUUUACAAAAUUUAAGGCCGUUCAAAAAUUAAAUAUAAACAGCGAAAAGGUAAAACAGUUUUGUUGAUGCGUAUAUUUUUUUGUAUAAGAUUUUGUUAAGCAGGCGGCUUUAAUAAAAAAUGAAAAUAAUUUUUGAAAAAAUA